AUGGCAAGCACCGCAGAAAGCAGAUACCAGCAGCCACGGUACGGCAAUAACCAGGCAAAUGGAGGCGGCAGCGGUCAGGGUCAGUCCUAUGUCCUCUACCCAGACGCCCCCCAGGUUCCUCAGCCCACGCCUCGCAAGAAGCCACAACAGCAGGAUCACCAGCAACAGCAACAACCGCAGCGAUCGCACGGUGAUCUAACCCCUCAGUCGUCCUAUUCUUCGACCUCGUCCUCACACCACAACCGGUCCCCUACACCAUCUCGCGGCAACAGCGGAAGCAACGGAAUCAACAUUGCAGGAGCCAGCCCAAAGAUUAAGCAGAGUCAACUGAACUAUCUCAACUCGCCUGCCGUCUUCUCGACCUCUCCCUCAGCGGCCGCCCCACCUUCACCUAUUUCGCCCUCCAGCCCUUCGCCCAUCGAGAUCAUGACGGGUCAGUUGGGUCGCACCCACUUGGAGGAGCCUGUCCUGGACCGUCUCCAGUUUGAAAGCUAUGACCAGAAACAGUACCAGCAACCACGAAAGAACUCUGGCAACAGCUCGACUCAGCAGCAGCACCAGCAACAGAGACACCAACAGCUCGCACUGGAGAACGAGAGCUACAACUCCGGUGGUUUGAAGCAGUCAGGGUCGACUGGCUCUGCCCGCUCGAUGGGGUCCCAGGGUCGUGACCAGAACGGUGCCCUGCGCCAGUCGCCCUCCUCCGGAUCUGCCUACUCUGUGGGCAGCAGCGGUCAAACCCCUAGCCAGCGUCAGCAGCAACGUGCCAUGAACGGAGAGUUGAACAAGUCUGGGUCUUCAGCCUCAGCCCACUCGGUCGCUUCCUCCAGAAGUCAUAACUUGAGUCCUAGCCACAGCACGGGUUCUGCUACAUCCAACUCUCCUUCAUCUCCUAUGCGCCAACAGCAGUCUUCGUCAACUCGUGGAGCACCCACUUCGACACCAUCACCUCUUGCAUACGACCAUGACCAAGGCGAUGACAAGGAACGGGGCGACAAUGAGGAUCACCAAAAGCAGGCCUUCCAAUACCAACAAAAGCUCCAGCAGAAGCCUCCCUCCACACAUGGCGGAGAGGACGACAGCGACGAUUCGGACUCCGGCUCAAUGCUCUCAUACAGACGUUCCAUUUCCAGACUGUCCAUGUCUUAUAAGCGGACUCAAGGAGGCGCGCCCAACAUCAGUCUCUUUGCACCCAAGCAAAGAGCUGCUAUGCUCCAGGGAAGCCAGUCCUCAGAGCUGUCGAGUUCUCAAAAGAUGAUUCAGGACCAGAGAGACGAACGUCUUCGUCAACAAAAGCUGCAGCAGUACAGCAACAACAACAGCCAGGGCGGUAAUAACUCGUCCAUGGCUUCGAUCGAUCAAUACCCACGUCAGGAUGAAGGACGGCCAUCGAUGAACCGCAAUCACUCUGGCGGCAACAACAACCAACAGCAGUACCAGGGAGGAUCGCCUCAAAUCCCAGACAGGAGCACCUCCACCGAACAUUUGAGCGGCGGUAAUGGCCGACCAAGGCAGCAACAGCAGCAGCAACAGCAAUCAUAUCCAGGAAAUGGCCGUGGACAUCCUUCAUCUCCCAUCAUCGCUGAGCGACAGCUUUCCAACCAACAGCACUCACAACAACAAUACAGCCAGCAGCCUCGCCCCAGCCAUGAUCAAGGACAGAGCCAGUCCUCUCAGAGGUCUCGCCCCAACCAGCUCAACCUCGGGCAAGGCGGCCAUCAACAGGACCAGCGUUCUCGGUCACCGAUGCCAUCAGGAGCACGUACACCUGGAUUGCCCGGUCAAGGGUCAACACUGAGCAACAAUGGCGGUGGAAAUGGAGGUGUCUACCGUCAAAACGGCCCUCCCGGCAGCGGUGGCGGAUUCUCCAACUCGUCCACAAGCCUCCCUCUCCCACCCUCCCGAAGCAACAACAACAGCGGCGGCCCCAACCUCCACCCAGCACAUCACCUAGCCUCUGGCGGAUACGUCCGUCCCGAAGAAGCCAUGGGACCUUCCAACCCCAUGCCCGAAAAGGCCGAAGACUUUGUCCGCCAGGGCAUCGAGUACCACGAAGUCGGCGAUAUCGCCAAGGCAACACACUUCUUCCGGACAGCUGCAGAGAUGGGCGACCCCGUCGGUAUGUUGAUGUAUGGUCUAAGUGUCCGCCACGGAUGGGGUUGUUCCUCCAACCGCCAGUUGGCCUUCCAGUACCUCCAAAAGUCGGCUGAGCAUGCGGUCGGUGAUCUGAAGUCGAGGGAUUCUUUUGCAUCCACGGCGGCCAAGGGCGAGCUGGUUCUUGCUAUUUACGAGCUUGGAAUCUGUUUCCGACAUGGAUGGGGUGCUGACAAGAACAAGAAGACUGCCGCUUACUACUUCGAGAUCGCUGCCAACCUUGGAGAUCCAGAUGCACAGAACGAUCUGGCAUGGUGCUACUACCACGGCGUGGGAGUCAAGAAGGACAUGUUCAAGGCCGCAAAGUACUACCGUCUGGCGGCAGCGCAGGGACUCGAAACUGUAGGCAACUCGUGGAUCUGGAAGGACAAGUAUGGAGGAAUGCCAUCCAGCCCUACCGGCGAUAGCAAGGCGCCCUUCUAG